AUGGCAACCCCCGAAAACCCGGCUGUUACACGUUUUAGGCAAUACCUACGUUGUAAGACCGUCCAACCAAACCCCGAUUAUGAGUCCUGCACAAAAUUCUUGUUAGAACAGGCGAAAGAAAUAGGUUUGAAGGCACAAACGUUCGAGUAUGUUAAGGGCAAGCCAGUGGUCUUACUGACAUUGGAGGGUCGUGACCCAGGUUUGUCCUCAAUUCUAUUGAAUUCUCACACAGACGUUGUCCCGGUUUUUGAGGAAAAUUGGAGUUAUAAACCAUUUGCGGCAUGUAAAUCUGAAAAUGGAGACAUCUUUGCCAGAGGUGCUCAAGACAUGAAAUGCGUUGGUGCUAGUUAUCUCGAGGUCAUUCGACGUCUUAAGGAUCAAAACAAGCAGCUGUGUCGAACAGUCCAUCUAUCAUACGUUCCUGACGAGGAGAUCGGUGGAGAAGAUGGCAUGGGUCGUUUUGUCGAAUCUGAGGAUUUUAAAAAAUUGAAUGUCGGAUUCGCUCUAGAUGAAGGUAUUGCAAAUCCAGGUGAUGCAUUAAAGGUAUUUUACGGCGAAAGGGCACCUUGGUGGAUUGAUGUUACCACCCGGGGAAACGUUGGACAUGGUUCCCAACUAAUUCAAAAUACCGCCGUUUCCAAAUUGCAUCGCAUAAUCAAUAAGUUUAUGGAGUUUCGUGAUUCCCAAGAACGUCAAUUAUUAAUCGGUGUACGUCCCGAUGGUAGGAAGUACAGCCUUGGUGACGUGACAAGUGUUAACCUCACUAUACUACAAACUGGCGUUCAACAUAAUGUUAUUCCACAAGAAGCAAAGGCUGGCUUUGACAUUAGGGUGUCUCCAAAUGUAGACAUGCCGCUGUUCAAGGCUUUGAUAGAGGGAUAUGUGUAUUCGGAAUCAGAUUCAAAACUAGAGUUUGUCCAGUAUCAUGAUGACAACAGUUGCACGUCACUGGGUGAAGAUAAUAUUUGGUGGGUCACUUUUCGUGAUUUCUGCAGGGACCGGAAUAUUAACAUUGAGCCGGAAAUUUUUCCGGCGGCAACCGACUCCAGAUAUCUUCGUAAAUUAGGCAUUCCAGCAUUAGGUGUAUCCUACUUAAAAAAUACACCGAUUUUGUUACAUGAUAAUAAUGAAUAUAUUAACGAAAAUUUGUUUCUUGAGGGUAUCGAGUUCUACACAGGUUUAAUUAGUCGUUUGGCAGAUGUCCAAAUAAUUAAAUAA